UGCAUUCUCUCUCUCUCUCUAACUACAGUUAGUUUGAGUGUGAUUAUUGGAGAGAGAGAGAGAGAGAGAAGAACCCAUUUUUGUAAAGGAAAGAGAAAGGACUGGGAAGAAGGAAGAAGAAGAUGAUAUGAUGUUGAGAGAAGAAGAGCAGAGGAGGAGGAGGAGAUCAGAAAGAAAAGGGAAGGAAUUGGGAAGGGUUUGUUAAUUGUUAAUAAUAUUGUAUUCGAUCACUUUCUCUCUUGAAACUUCUGCCAUCAUCAUACCUGCAAGGGAAAGAAGUUCAGAAGUGGUCUCUCUCUUCUUUUAUCGGAAAAUAAAUAAAAGCAAGCGGCAGUAAUAAGUAGCAGUAUUGUAGUAGUAGUAGCUUCCCAGCAGACCCACCAGUCUCUGCAUCAGCAGCACCCAGCAGCCAGCACCCAGCACCAGUUGUUGUUGUAAUUAUCAUCUAACAACGUGAUCUUCUUCUUCGUCUUCUCUCUUUUUCCUUUCUCUCUCUCUCUCUCUGAGAGAAUUUCAGAGAGACCCCACUUACUACGCAUAACAACUUACCCACAUAAAUUUUGCCAAGAUCUAGAACAAGAUAUACUCAAUUCUAUUUUUUUAUUUUAUUUUGUUGUCAGAAGGAGAGAUUACCCCCCAAAAAACCAUUUCUCCCCUUUAAUUACCCAAAUCAGUAGUUGUGGCUACUACAAGGAGGUUUCCAUCAGAUUCUGGUACUGCUUUUGCUGACUGGGGCGGGGGAGGAGUAGCUAAUUCGUCUUCCUCUACUGCUCGACCGCCCGAGGACCUCUCUCUAGGUUUCAAUGCCCCCGCCUCAGCCUCCGCCGCCGCCGGAGGUGGAACCGGAGCUAUGUGGCAAUCUUCCUCAGUUGCUCGACAAAUCAAUUACGGGGUACCCCACGAUAUGGGUAUGGUGGGUCAUUUACGCGACGUGUAUGUCGUCGCACCAGCUUCAACCUUUCACCACCACCACCACCACGAUGGUAUGAUUUCUGAUCAAAUUAAUGGACCAAAUUCUACGGCCGGAAUUCAGGUCUGGCAGAAUCAGCAGCCGGUGAACUAUUUGCAAGGAGGAAGUGGAGGCGGAGGAGGAGGAGGUUCGUCGUCGUCAACGGGUGCGGGGGGGACUUUGAGUUGUCAGGACUGUGGGAAUCAGGCAAAGAAAGAUUGUUCGCAUCGACGUUGCAGGACUUGCUGCCAGAGUAGAGGAUUUGAUUGUACUACCCACGUGAAAAGCACGUGGGUCUCCGCCGCGCGUCGCCGUGAACGCCAGCUCAUUGUCCCUAACGCCGUCACUGCCGGUUCCUCAGGUUCCACCUCCGGCACCAAGAAACCUCGUCUCAUCACAUCUCAAACCACUACUACAUCCCACACCUCUACUUCUAGAAGCUUCGAGACUACUUCUAGCCACCAAGAAGCCAGUUUCAAAGAGACACUUCCUGGACAAGUGCGUGCUCCGGCGGUGUUUAAGUGCGUGAGGGUCACCGCCAUGGACGACGGAGACGAUGAAUAUGCAUACCAAGCAGUUGUCAAGAUUGGCGGCCAUGUUUUCAAAGGAUUCUUAUACGAUCAAGGAGUUGAGGCAAGAGAUGGGUUUCCAAACAUAUCCGAUUUGCAUUUAGGAGGAGGGAGGAAUGGCGGCUCCACCUCCUCUCCUCCGGUGAUGGACCCGUCGGAGGUUUAUGUUGCAUCCGGCAUUGGUCUGCUAGGAGGUGGAGGAGGAGGAGGUUCAGCUUAUGGUAAUCAAAUCAAUUGAUGGUUAAUUAAAUCAGAAUAAUAUUAUUGUCAAUUUGAUGAAACAAUAAUAAUAAUAAUAAUUUAAAGACAUCUCAUAAAAUGCAAUAUUGUAGUAUAGUAAUUAAUUGAUUUCUUCCAUUGCCGGCUACUAUUAUUAACUGGAUUCUUGGAAAUUUCAUAUUCCCCCCUUCCCAAAUUUCACAUUCUUUUUGGGGUUUUGGUCCAUAAGUUGAAAUGCUCUUGUUCAUCAUGUUUAUCACUAACCUUUUUCCUUGUGUAGUUAUAUAUAGGGGGCGGAGAUCAUCAUUAGCCGAAAGAGAUAUCUUUUUCUCCACAAUUUAA